CGGCCAAUGAAGCGAAGGGGGAGUUGCUGAGAGACAUCGUCUUGCAGCUGGUCUGGGGCUGUAGUGAAGAUGGCGCGGGAGUCGGAGAGAGUGGUGGAUUACCUGACUGAGGUGGAGUUGCUGGCAGAGAGCGUGAUGGCAGACAAGCAGCAGAUCAUUAGUCUGGAUGCGAAGAGACAUCAAAACCGUGAAGCACUGAGAGCACUGCACAAUAGCAGCAAACAAUCAGGUAAUGUGAUGGUUUGUUUUGGAGACAUGUUUAUCAAAUUCUCCAAAUCUAGGACCAAGGACAUGAUUCAGAAAGAUCAAGAGCAUUUGGAUGAAGAAAUACGCAAACUUUGUAAUCAGUUGAAAAUGAAAGUUAAUCGUUUAAAUGAAGCUCAAGGAAAACCUGAACUCAAAGGAUUCAACCUGACCCCUUUAACCCGUGAGGAAAUGCAUGCCAUUACCAAGAUCCUGAAAAACUGAGAGAUGUUCAAGCCAAGUGCAGAGUUGAUGCUGAGAAUCAUAUUACACUGGGUACAUAUCACACUCCUUGGAGGAAACAAGGAGUUACACAACUGCAGAAUUAUGUAAAAUUGCUGACAUAGUUUGAGUUGAAAAAUUUGCAGCAAUGGCCCCAUCAGGAUUGUAUCUUGGACAAUACUACAAUUUGGGGAACUUCCAUUUGGUUUGCUUUGACCAGGUUUUGCUUGAGACCUGUACAUGUAUAUAAACUUGCCUCAAUAGUGGCAAGUUGCCUGCUUGUAAAAUGAACUUUAAAAAAUAAAAAUAUUCAUCUAUCUUUUCUAAACUAACAU